AUGAGAAGGCAUAAUACAUUACAUAAUGAAAUUGGGGAUAUAGAAUUGCAGUUAUUGGAAGAAAGUAUAAUAUGGGCGAAUUUUUUAUUCGUCACUUCGUCUAUUAUAUUGGGUAUAUCAAAUUUGUUGGUUGAUUCUGGGCUCCAGAAUUAA